UCUAUCCCCGCUUACUUGUAUAUGUAUGAGUAUUAACUUAAACACAACCAGCAACUAACGGUUACAUAAUGAGUAGGAAGACGACGAAGAUGAAGACGAAGAGAUAAUUGUAGUGCACGUAGAGAUAAAAGAGAAAGAGAAGGAAGAAGAAGAAUUAGAAUUAGAAGAAGACGAAGAUGGACAAGAAAAAGAAGAUGAAGGAGAUACAGCAGAUACCGAAGAACCCAACGAAGAAGACGGAAAAGAAGUAAAAAAACCAAGAAAUUUAGAAGAUACAGAAAAAGAUGAAGAUUCAGACGAUGAAGAUGAAGGUGGUGAGUCGGCUGCUGGAAGUGAUGCCGCCGAAAAUUUAAAAAGAAAUCAAUCGAGAAGAGUUAUUCUCGGCUCAGGACCAACCGACAUGGUGGAGAGUGUGUCAGAGAAAGCCAUUGCAGGCAAACGCACAAGAAAUGGUGUCGACGAGUACUAUCGCGUUCUUACGCUGGAUGUGAAAAAUACUUUCAAUAAAGCAGACUGGCAGAAAAUUAUGUCUGCAAUUCAGAAAAAUCCGGAGACAUCGAGCAUUCCGGAUUUUGAAGACGUAGUGGAAGCCAUAGAAAUACCAACAUUCAAUCAAACGCACUGGACUUCUAUAAGCGAUGCAAUUGCGCGUCAACAAGAUCCUAAAGUAGUGAAAAUAACCGGCGCAGCCGAUGGCAUUGCAUUGGAAGUAAUUAAAAGGCAUUUGAGUGAUGUUGAGACAGCCAGCAAUGCUGAGGUGGUAUUGGUGCAAGAUUGGCUAGAUGCGAUCGGCCUACAAAUGGCGGAGAAGAAAACCGAUGUGGUCUUGAAGUCACGCAUAAAGAAAGUAGAACAAGAGCGCGUAAAAGAGGGCAAUCUACUGUUACAAACCAAACCAGAAAUUGGCUAUUUGGGUUUGUUGUUGAAUACAAAGCUAAAAUUUAAGCACGAUUUGCAAUAUGCUGAUCAACAUUUGCCUAAAAAGCAGGCAGCUCUUUUGCGCGCAAAUGCGAGCACCGUAUCUAAUGUCAAAAAUCUGAAGAAGAUGAUGCUGGUAAUGAAUGUAUCGACAGCAGCGUUGCUUUAUCCCUCCAAUAGCAAGCGUGAUUCAGCGCUCAAUGAGAAGCGAUUGAAAUUGAUCGUGGAGACGAAAUAUAAUGUUGAGCGGCAAUUGCUUUCAGGCAAAGAUGAGAGUAAGGGCGAUAAGAAAGCGCUUAAAGAAGAUGGCGAUGAGGAUAUUAGUGAUUAUGUUGAUCUUGUAUUGGUGGAUGAGAGGAAACGUUGGAAGAUGAGACGCACUGAAAGUCUGCCGGGUGUCAAUGAUGAGCCCGUUGGUCAGCUGGAAUGAGUUCGGUGGUUAGAAAGAGAGUUAAGGGAGAAUACUUUUAAAUCAUUAUAAUUUUAUGUUUAAUUAUCU